AUGCAGUACCAGAUCCUCCUUGCAGCUGCUUUGGCUGCUGUCACCCACGCGCAGACCAUUGCCACCUCCAGCGCAGCCUCGGUUGCAGCCUCGACCACUGAGUCGCAGGUAAUGCCUCCAGUGGCUACAGCUGCCUUUAACCCUGCCGGCAUUGAUUCCACGACUGCAUUCAACUGGUGUCACGCUCAGCUGAACACCUGCCCGCAGAUCUGCGGUGGUUCUGCUUCUCAAAACCAGUGUGAUCAGACCGCCUUUACCUACACUUGCGUCUGCGCCAACGGCACCGUGCCUGAUUGCACUGCCUUUAUCGAGACUCUCCCGUUCUACAUCUGUCAAGAAACCUACAUCCAGUGCAUCGACAACCACCCCAAUGAUGCCCAAGGUCAGGCAACAUGCGCGCAGAACGAGCAAUGCGGCACCCGUAAUGCGACUGCCGAAGCCAUUGCCCAGACAUCUGCUGCCUCUGCCUCGUCUGCCUCGUCCACCUCUUCUGCGCCUGCGUCGUCGCAAUCCGCUUCCGCGGCCAGCACUGGGUCAGGCUCAGGCUCGAGCUCGGCCUCUGCCACCGGCUCCAGUGCCUCGACCACCGGCGGUGCUGCCAUGGUCGUUUCUCAACAGGUGGCCACCGGUGCCUUUGCGGCUGUCCUCAUGGCCGUUUUCAAGCUGUUGAUCUAG